AUGUAUCUUGUCUCACUCGCUCUCGAAUAUGGAGCGCCGUUCUUUCUUAUCACCUCCCCGGUAACCUCCUAUGCGGACCAAAUUCUCAGUAUUCAUCGGAAUAGGAGUUCCGCUGGCUUCUCGUUGGAUAUACCUCUGAUCAUGCUGGUCGCGUCAAUCUUGAAAGUAUUUUUCUGGUUUGGCGACAACUAUUCCUUUACGCUGUUGGUGCAAGCCGUCAUCAUGAUUGGGGUCCAAAUGGUUAUGCUCAAGGUUGCGCUGGAUAAUCGGCCGGCCCCCGGUGUGAAAAACAGCCUCGAGCACGUUCCGUUCAGCAGUGUCGGUAAUGGCGGGGGACUUACUCGGCCCUAUGACUUCUGGCAGUGGAAGAGCGCAAAGCCGUAUGUACUCCAGAUGCCGUUUAAACUAUCAAUAUGUGUGGGAAACUUACUUUGCCGGCGAUGCUAG